GGCCAGGAAUGCAAAGAGGCAGGCGACUGUGACCUCAAGGUGCGAUGAAUGGUGGACAGUUAAGGUGAGCUCAAGGGCAAUUAGAGGCUGGAGUGAGGGAGGGGACUCCAGCCAGGACUGAGGGGCAUGGAGGACUGGGAAAGACAGGACAUAGGUGGGGCAUGCAGGACCACAUACUUUCCAGCCAGACCGUUCCACUUAGAUCUUAGAGGAGAACGAGGAGAUCAAGAGGUCUGUAAGGGGCCUGGUGAAAGACCUAAGUUCCUGUCCCCAGUUCUUCCCCGACCCCAAGCAAACUGCAGUCUCCAUGACAACCUGCUGGCCAGCCUGAGGAGGGGGAUUGCAAAGGAAAUUUUCUACCUCCGCAGGAACAGGAGGAUGUGGGCUGUUCAGGAGGCAGUGGGGUAGUGGGUACACAGGCCAUGCAAGGCCUAGCCACCAUGCCAGCCAGCACAGGAGGGCAGAGGGCUCCAAGAGGACACCCUCUCCAUCCUGCUCCCUCCCUCCCUCAGUGGAGAGGGUCAGGGGUCAAAGUCCAAAGAUCAUUCAGUCAAGCCUGCUACUGGGGCCAGCAAGCACAACAGAUCUCCCACAGCAGGAUACCGUGUUAAAGGCCAUGGCUGGCAGAAUGGUCCCUCAAGUUCCUCACAAGGUGGGGGUGGUGGGCUAUGGCCGCCUGGGACAGUCCCUUGUGUCCCGCCUUCUGGCUCAGGGGUCAGAACUGGGCCUAGAACUUGUUUUUGUGUGGAACCGUGACCCUGGACGAAUGGCAGGGAGUGUGCCCCCUGCCCUGCAGCUCCGAGACCUCACCGCCCUUGAGGAGAGGCACCCUGACCUUGUGGUAGAAGUGGCCCAUCCAAAAAUAAUCCAUGAAUCCGGGGCACAAAUCCUUUGCCAUGCAAACCUUCUGGUCGGAUCCCCCUCAGCUCUGGCUGACCAGACCACAGAACAGCAGCUCCGGGAGGCUUCAAACCACUGGGGCCACACGGUGUUUGUCGCCCGAGGGGCCCUGUGGGGGAGUGAAGACAUCAGCAGAUUGGAUGCAGCCGGAGGCCUCCAGAGCCUUCGAGUCACCAUGGCCACACAUCCUGAUGGCUUCCGGCUGGAGGGACCCCUGGCUGCAGCACACAGUAGUGGGCCCCGCACAGUGCUCUAUGAGGGCCCUGUGCGUGGGCUCUGCCCCUUGGCGCCCCGAAACUCUAACACCAUGGCAGCCGCUGCUCUGGCUGCCCCCAGUCUAGGCUUUGAUCGUGUCAUUGGGGUGCUUGUGGCUGAUCUUAGACUCACCGACAUGCACGUGGUGGAUGUGGAGCUGACAGGCCCCCCAGGGCCCACAGGCCACAGCUUCGCCGUGCACACCCACAGAGAGAACCCAGCCCAGCCUGGAGCUGUCACCGGCUCUGCUACAGUUACAGCCUUUUGGCACAGCCUACUGGGCUGCUGUCAGCUUCCCUCCAGACCUGGGAUUCACCUCUGCUGAGUCUCCGCCCCUACUACCCUUGCUGUCACCUUGACUAUUAUGGGUCCCAGUAAACAUCAGAGUUC